AUGGCCUCAACCGCAAAGUACACCCAGGCCCCGACCCAAGACCCGGACGAGGCCAGCAGGAGCUACACCCAGCCGCCCCCGGCCUACCAGGCCGACACCUCCUCGGCCCAGGACACCGAUCGCCUCUUCGGCGGCGGCGCCCCCCGCGGCAGCCAGGACGACGACAUCCCCGAUGACUUCAAGUUCGGCGGCUCCGUGGCCGAGGCGACGACCGACAUCCGCAACCAGUUCAUCCGAAAGGUCUACGCCAUCCUGACCGUCCAGCUCAUCGCGACCGGCGCCGUCUCCGCCCUCAGCUUCUGGAGCGAGGGCUACAAGACAUGGAUCCAAUCCCACCCAGGUCUCGUCUGGGCUUCGCUCCUCGGCUCCAUCGUCUUCAUGCUCCUGACCUACUGGAAGCGCAAGUCCUACCCGACGAACCUGCUCUUCCUCGGCCUCUUCACCCUGACCGAAGCCUACACCAUCUCCGUCAUCGUCUCCUUCUACAAGACCGAGAUCGUCCUGAACGCCGUCGUCCUGACCGCCGGCAUCUUCGUCUUCCUCACCCUCUUCGCCUGCCAGACCAAAUAUGACUUCACCUCCUGGAUGCCCUACCUCUUCGGCGCCCUCUGGGGUCUUGUCCUGUUCGGCUUCAUGGCCGCCUUCUUCCCCUACAGCUCCACCGGCGAGCUCGUCUACGGCGGUCUCGCUGCCUUGAUCUUCAGCGCCUACAUCCUCGUCGACACCCAGCUUGUCAUGCGCAAGCACCAUGUCGAGGAGGAGAUCGCCGCCGCCAUCAGCUUGUACCUCGACAUUAUCAACCUGUUCCUUGCCAUUUUGCGCAUCCUGAACAGUCAGCAGAACAACUAA